GUUCCAAUAGUUGAAUGCAUGCAUUGAAUCAUCAUGUGAUCAUUGUAAAUUCUUGUUCAGUUUCACAAAUAAAAAGUUUCAUCGUAAUCAUGUCCUAUCGAAAUUUUAUUCGUCAUUUCAAUCGAAAUAUUCGCUUGAUAAAACCAACAACAAAUAAGCUAAUAAAAUUUGAAAAUAAUGCUCGUUUGCUUCAUCAUCAACAAAAACAUCAACCGGAAAUUUUAAAUGUUCCCGAAACUAAAGUUUCGACAAUAUCAAAUGGAAUUCGUGUAGUGACCGAAGAUUCAGGCAUUCCGACCUGUACGAUCGGCUUAUGGAUUGAUGCAGGUAGUCGAUAUGAAACACCAGAAAAUAAUGGUGUCGCACAUUUUCUUGAACAUAUGGCCUUUAAAGGAACGCAGAAACGAACUCAAAUGCAAUUAGAAUUAGAAAUUGAAAAUAUGGGUGCCCAUCUGAAUGCCUAUACAUCACGUGAACAGACUGUUUAUUAUGCUAAAUGUCUUCAAAAUGAUAUCAAAAAUUCUUUGGAUAUAUUGGCCGACAUUAUACAGCGUUCAAAAUUCGGAAAAGAAGAAAUCGAACGUGAACGAAGUGUAAUAUUACGCGAAAUGCAAGAAGUGGAAAAUAAUCUUCAAGAAGUUGUUUUUGAUCAUUUACAUGAUGUCGCAUUCCGUGACACACCAUUAGGAAUGACAAUUUUAGGUCCGAUCGAAAAUAUCCAACGAAUCAAUCGUAAUGAUUUAAUUAGCUAUAUAAAUACACAUUAUAAAGGACCACGAAUUGUUGUAGCUGGUGCUGGUGGUACUCAUCAUGAUCAGAUUGUUGAAUUAGUUGAUUUUUAUUUUGGUGAAAUGGAUCGUGAUGCAUCGAAUAUUCGACCAGAACCAUGUCGAUAUCAAGGUGGUGAUGUUCGUUUAAAUGAUCCAUCGAUGAAUCUUAUUUAUGGUGCAUUAGCAGUUGAAGCUACCGGUUGGAUUAAUGCGGAUAAUAUUGUUCUAAUGAUUGCUAACACAUUAAUCGGUUCAUGGGAUCGAUCAUUAGGUGGUGGCUUUAAUAGUUUUUCUUAUUUAGCACAAACCUCAAUGCAAAAAGAUCUAUGCAAUAGUUUUCAAUCAUUCAAUACCUGUUAUAAAGAUACAGGAUUAUGGGGUGUAUAUUUUAUUGGCGAUAAAACGAAAACAAAUUCAUUCAUUCAACAUCUAAUUCAACAAUGGCAACAAUUAUGUACAGAUGUUACUGAAGAAGAAUUGGAAAGAGCUAAAAAUCUAUUGAAAACAAAUAUGAUGCUACAAUUGGAUGGAUCGACUCAAAUCUGUGAAGAUAUUGGUCGUCAAAUGUUAUGUUAUGGACGACGAAUAUCAUCCAUUGAAAUUGAAUCUCGUAUUGAUUCAAUUGAUUUAGAUUAUUUUAAAAAAAUAUGCCAACAAUAUAUUCGAAAUCGUCGACCAGUAUUGGCUAUUGUUGGUCCAACCGAUUCAAUCGAAUCAUAUGAUCAUAUUGAGCAAUCAAUGAAAUGGUAGUAAAAAAUAGUUCAUUUAUCUAGGUUUUUUUUAAUAAAAAAAAAAUCAUUGCUGUUGUUUCCUUCUCCACCCACCAUAUUGUAAUGAAAUUUUCUUUUUUAUCUAAAAACGUUAUAUUAAAAAUGAUUAUUUUUCAAUUUCA